AGAUCCCAUCCAGGUUUGCUCAGGUUGACUACCGAGCUUUGAAGAAGAUUCUUAAGCGAUGCCUCUCCUCGCGAGCUCACAGCGACGCCAUUCCAGCAUGCGCGCCCAGCCCGCCAGAGGACGCUUCCAAAAACGCCCUCAACUCCGUCAACCCCGUCGACGUUAUUAACUCCGUCAACUUUGACGCUGUCAAGCCGGCGGCCGGUUGUCCUCAGUGCGACGACGAGUUCUUCAAGCUUCUGGAGGAAGAGCUGCGAAGCAUCGAGCGAAGCUUCACUCGCGAGGCGGCUCGCGUCAUCAGCUGCCAUAACGCGCACGGGCUGUCGGCGAUACUUUCGCGCUUCUCCGAUUACAGCAAGCCCGAGGUCAUGUACUGUGCAGCAUCGAGCCUGCUGGAGCACCUCGCCCUCAGCUACCUCGCUACAAGGAAAAUCGUUAAGAAGUACGUGAAGGUGCACAGUAGUUCUGUGAAAACGGGGGUCAGUAACGGGGAUGUGUCGGACAUGGCUGAGAGCCACGGAGCCGGCGGAAACGGCGGAAACGCGGAGCAACUGGAAGGAAUUCGGCUGCUGCAGCAGCGCAUUUUACGGUCGCCUCUCAUGCUGGAGCUGACCGCGUUGCUGUCGAACCUGAGCUAUGCGCUCGAGCAGAAGCAGCUGAAGCUGCAGCUGAAGCAGCAGCAGCAGCAGCAGCAGCAGCAGCAGCAGCAGCAGCAGCAGCAGCAGCAGCAGCAGCAGCAGCAGCAGCAGCAGCAGCAACAGCAGCGGCAUCAGGGCUGCGGUCAUGGUGAAGCAGGUUCCGGCUGCUCGCCAGCACCGCUCACCAGGGGGGAGAGGCGCGAGCAGCGGCAGCGCCAGCAGCUGUUCGGGUGCAACCACCAUCACAUGCACCGCUACUGCCACGACCCCCGCUGCCCGGGGUUUGACCCCCAGCGCAGCAAGGAACACUGCGACCGCAAGUGGCGCUACCAGCACCUGCGCUGGCUGCACAUUCUCGCGCCCAUGCAGAGCACCUGGACGGGCGGCGGCGGGGGGCGCGGCAGGUGUUUUUUCAGCUUGGACCUUUUUGAGGGUUCUGCUGGUUCAUUGGCAAGGGACCAAGUGACCGAACCACAGCUUAUGGCUGAAAGCGGUGGCAGUGGUGCUGUUGCUGGUGGUGGGGGCGGCAGCGGUGGAAUGGGGGUAUUUGGAAGCGGAAACAGCAUCGGCAGUGGCAGUCAAGGUCAAAGCAGCUCGGAAGGGGCGCUGAGCGCGGGGGUGGGUCUGGGCGACAGGGGCUUGGUAAACGAGUGCAGCGAUGGUGGUGGUGGUGCUGCUGCUGAUACCAUGUGGAGCUGUUUCAGCAGCAGUGAGAGUCUGCUUGGGGGUCAGAGUGUUGGGAGUGAGAACCCAAUGGCUGUCACCUCAGGUGGAACUCCAGAGCAUUUGCCAGGGCAGGAGCCGCAGCAGGAGGGGGAGGAGGAGGAGGAGAACCAGCAGCAGUCAGAGCAGGCAGAGCAGUCAGAGCAGGCACACCAGCAGCAUGAGCAGCAGCAUGGGGGGUCGGAGCAGGUGCUGGAGCUACAGCUGAGGCCCGAGUUCCACGCCCACGUGGAGUUCAAGUGCCCCGUCUGCCUUGUGAGUGCUGCUUCCCUGCUUCGGUAUCCUCAUUCUCGUGCAGCAUAA